UACUUCUUCAAGAUAUAAAUAGCGUCAACGGGCCUUAGUCUCAAUCACUCCUUCCAAUAUCGACUCUUCGAUACGUUCUGAAGCGGGUUUCAGUUGCGUUUAAACAAAAUGAAGUUCUGCAGUUUAACAAUAAUUUUUGCUCUUGCCAUCGUAUAUGUUAACUCACAAGAGGAUGGAGCUUCUAAGACAUAUCGUAGACUGAUACCGGCUGAUGUAUUAAGAGAUUUUCCUGGAAUGUGUUUUGCAUCGACCAAAUGCGCAACUUUUGAGCCAAAACAAAGUUGGGAUUUGACUCCAUUCUGUGGCAGAUCAACUUGUGUGUCAGCUGAUGAUAAUAGCGGCCGGCUGUUUGAAUUAGUGGAAGAUUGCGGUCCAUUGCCAAAAGCCAAUCCAAAAUGCAAGCUCAGUGAGAAAACGAACAGAACCGCAUCUUUCCCGGAUUGCUGUCCCGUGUUCGAAUGUGAAAAAGAUGCAAAACUCGAAUACCCUGAAAUUUCAACUGUACCAGUUGCCGGUGGCGAAGACGACGUGCUUCUCAAAACUGCCAAGGCGAUUCAAGAGAAUCCAAGAGCAUAAGGAAAUUGAUACUUUGUUUCGUCGAUUUUUAAAAUUGUAUUAUAUAAUGCAUCGAUAAAAUCUCCGAUACGCCUUUCCAUUUUAGUCCAGUGAAAUUUAAUCUGAAAUUGCAUUUCUUCCAGAACAAGUAAAACGAGCGCGUAAAUUAAUGUUUCUGAAUUUCAAGAGUUUAAUGUAACAUUUUUUUUACUUACGAGCCCAGUAAUAGCACGUCAAAAAGAAAGUAUUAAACGAUCUUCUUCUCGUAAAUAACUCUGGAAAUUUACAGAGCUGCAAUUUAUGUCGGGAGUGUUUACAUCAGUGAAAUUUUUGAAGUUAUUUUUCGCCAAAAUUAAAAAAAAAUUAGUAAAAAAUUAUUUUGUUGAAAAUAAAAUUGUUGUAAUAAUAUGUCAAAAUUAAAAAAAUUAAACUAAAUUUGUAAUGCAAAUUUCGUUAUAAAAUAGUUGACAUGACUAUUUUGCUGGAUUACAAAAGACUUAACUUGUGAAUUUUUAUUAUUCCACCUAUCAAAUACGAUGGCUAAAAACGUGAAAAAGUAAAGUAAAGAUUUGGAAAGUAAAGUUUUAGGUUAAGUUAUAAUUAUUUAAAAUGAAACAAUCAAUUAAUACAUGCAUUUUUUAUACCUCUCACGGAAUCAUGCACUUCACAUAAAAUAACCAUUAAUUAAUAUAAUAAAGUUUAUAUAUUGGCCAUAGAUUAUACGUCAUAAUGUAAAGACACUUAAGAAAUAAUUUUAAUAAAAGUGUGAAUUGUAUAGGAAAAAAUAUGCAUUUGUACUAUUUUCGAUUAAUCCACUUUGACUUAUCCGGAAUAUGAAAAAAAAUCGAUGUGUCUUUCAACUGUUUAGAUUACAAUGAAUAGCAGAUUAUAGUUUGUAACAUCGACUUACGUAUUGAACUUAAGAUAUACACCAUUUUCCAAAAGAUUUCGUCAUUCAAAAAAGUUAAUAAAAGAUAUUUUUAAUCUUGUUAACCGGUGAUGUUUCAAUGUAUACAUCGGCAAAUAUUGUUAUGAAAUAAAUAAGAUUUUUAUAAUAUGUAGAUCAACUUCAACUUUUCGAAAAACUAGCCACUCAUUAAUGAAGAAAAUAAUUUUCAUUUUCGGUCUUUGCUGUAACUGUAAUUUUUAUGACAAUUGAAAAGAUUUCAUUUAAUUUGUUUACAUACACCAAAAACCAAAAGUAUUUGAGAUAUUUUUUCAGCGCUCUACAAAUAAAAUUGAUGGAUAAAGACUUCUGACUCAUUAGCGGAACAAAAUUAAUU